UGGUCGAGCUGUGCAGACAGACAGCAGCGAAACCUCCUCACAAACCAGAGAGACAGGUAGCUCCUGCUCAGGGCAUGAGACAUGGAACCCUCGGCGGCGGGAGAUCGCAUUUUCGCCGCGGAAUCCAUCCUGAAACGCCGCGUCCGCAAGGGAAGAAUUGAGUACCUAGUUAAAUGGAAGGGAUGGGCCAUGAAGCACAGCACUUGGGAGCCAGAGGAGAAUAUUUUGGAUGACAGACUGAUAAUGGGCUUUGAACAGAAGGAAAGGGAAAGGGAAUUGCAUGGUCCAAAGAAACGGGGACCAAAACCCAAAAACUUUGUUAUGAAGGCUCGUACACACAAAGGAGAGACCAGCAGCCAAGCUUCAAGUAGCCGGCAGAACACAACGCGCUCUUCUUCCUCCACCUCCGGUCGAGCAGCUCCUUCCUCCUCUGCCUCACUUCAUCAUUUACCAUCGUCAUCCACCUCUUCUGCAUCUGUGGCACCCUCUCCUAAACUCAACUCUCUUGCAGCCACCCACAAGCUAAAGAAAGACAUUCACCGCUGUCACCGGAUGUCCAGGCGUCCUCUGCCGCGUUCAGAUCCCCUGGCGACCACUUUUUCCAGCGCAGGUGGCUUCUCCUCCCGGAUGCACGUUUCCCCCUUCUCUGAGACCGUCCGCAUCCUUAACCGCAGAGUGAAACCUCGGGAGGUGAAGAGAGGUCGGAUCAUCCUCAACCUGAAAGUAAUUGACAAGCCAGGUAGAGGUGGCGCAGCUGCAGGUGGUAGGAACACUAAAGCAGGACGCCAAACCAUCCCGUCUCGCAAUCGUAUUAUUGGUAAGAAGGGAGAGGGCCCUUACAGACCCUUUCAGCCUCCUCUGAAGAUGUUGGGGUUCCCAAUGUAUGGGAAGCCAUUCGGGCUGCAGUGUGGAGGCCCCGUUUCUUUUCACUCUCAUCCAGGCUCAUGCGCCAGCACAGGCACUAGAGAAAAACACGCCCCCUCCUCUCAGUACUUGUCACCCCCAUCUCCUUCCAGCUCCAGCGGGUCUGAGGAAAAAUCCCCCACCAAUGAGACUGUACAGUCUCAGCCUGCCACCGACGCACCCUCUCUCAGCAAUGAGAAGUCUUCAGGAGCCCAGAAGGGCCUGAGCCCAAAUUCAUCUCCUUCCAACUUGUCCUCAGAUGCAAAUCCUGUGGCAUCAACAUCUACCUUUUUCCCUUCAUCACCAUCUUCUUCAUUAGAAGGUGAUGAGGAAGGUUCUGUGGACCAUUCGCUUCCCACAGAGAGAAGCAGGAAAAGUCCUUCCCAGCGCAGAGCCAAACAUCAGCCGCCUACCACACUUCCUUCUGUCACUUCUGGGGAACAAACCUCGGCUCCUGUUGAGCCGCAGAGGGUGCCUGCCGAGGGAGACCCUGACUGGCAUCCAGAAUUGGCACCAAGUUGCAAGGAUGUCGUCGUCACGGAUGUGACUACCAACCUCGUCACCGUCACUAUAAAAGAGUUCCCCUCUCAUGCUUCUGGCCCGGCCUCGCCUUCUGCUAGCCCCAAAAAUUCUUCCUCCCCGCUUCCUGUCACCUCACAGGACCCCUCAACUUUGAAGCCACGGUCGCCAUGGCAACGCGCGGAGGAGAGCAGCCUAGCAACAAGGAGACAGAGAGGGAGCAUCUUUAAGCAGACAACGCGGUGCCAUCAGUAUUACAUCCUGAGAGCGGCAGGAAGACGACAGCAGCGCCAUAGGCACACAGACAGUCGUGAAUCAGCUGUUACUCCACUGAUAAUGAAGUUCGUGGUGGUGCUGGUGGGAGCGGGGACUCUGGCCUUCCUCGGAGCGGUCAUCUGCAUCGUCGCCAGCGUUUAUCCCCGGAACCGCGGGGCCCCCUCCGCUGACAACGGCACCCUGAGCUCGGAGGCGCUGCUGCAGCUGGAGCCCGGGCCCCUGGGGGCCCUCACCGGCGCCGGCUCCUACGAUGAGGGGAACGGGCUGGGCGGCCUCGGCCUGGAGCUGCCCCCUCUCAACGAGCUCCACCUCGGCGAGGAAACGGGGACGGGGUCGGCCAAACAGUUCAGCUUCAGCCGCCUGAUCUGCAAGCCCGUCCCCGCGGGGGACUGCAGGAGCAGAGACCUGCGGCGGGAGGAGCAGGCGGACGACCCGCUGUACGGAGCCGGAGCCGGGGAUGAGGACCUGCGGACGGCCGCGGAGGAGCUCCGGCAGACGGUGCUGCAGCAGAACGACCAGAUCCUCAUGGACCGGCGGACCAUCCGGGAGCUGACGGGGAAGCUGAGCGAGUGCGAGAGCGGCCUGGAGGACGAGAGGAGUCCGUCGCCGGCGCGCAGCGUCGGGGUGUGGAGCGGCGGCCGCCGCGCCAUGGCCGGGGACGACGUGAGCUCCUCCGCGGCCGCGCAGCUGCAGACGGCCCGGGCCGUGGAGGAGCUGGCCAGGGCCAUCAUGGAGCUGAAGGACCGCAUUGAGAAGCUCGAGGCGGAGAUAGGGCCUGCUGCCUUGAACCUCACUGACACAUCUGUGGGCGCAAGUAGCAGCGGUGGUGUCGGCAGCAGCGGCGGCUCGCCAGGUACUUCUGGAAAGGCUCCUUCUCCGCCCACCGGCAGCGCUUCCUCUCCACCAGCAGUGGCUGCUCCCGGAGGCCGUCGUCCUGCUUCCCCAGCCUCCCCCGGCUCCAAGCCCUCCUCAAAGGCUCCCCUCGGUCGAGGAAAGGGCACCUGGAGGGUGGAGGACCUGGAGGGGGAGCUGGAGAGGAAGAUAAAGAUGCUGGAGAAGGAGCGGCAAGCUAUGAGGAAGGAGACACAGGGCCAACAUGAGAAGAUCAACCAGGGCAUUGACACCGUCAACCACCGCGUCACUGAGCUGGAGACCACGCUGACAGAGCCUCCCUUCCCCGAUGGAUUUGUGCUGUCCUUCCCCAUGAGGACCAACUACAUGUACGGUCUGGUCAGGAAGGAGAUAACUGAGAUGUACGCGUUCACUGCCUGUGUGUGGCUCAAGGUCAAAGAGGGGGGGAUCGGGACCCCGUUCUCGUACUCGGUGCCGGGGCAGCCCAACGAGCUGGUGUUGCUGCAGGGGGUCCACAAUCCUGUAGAGCUGCUCAUCAAUGACAAGGUGGCGCAGCUUCCUCUGUCCCUGCCACAGGAUGAGUGGCAGCACAUAUGCGUCAGCUGGACCUUGAGGGAUGGAGUGUGGAAGGCUUACCAGGGGGGGAAGAUGAGAGGGAGGGGAGAGGGACUCGCAGCCUGGCAUCCCAUCAAACCAGGGGGGGUUCUCAUACUGGGACAGGAACAGGAUACCCUCGGGGGGCGUUUUGAUGCCUCUCAGGCCCUGGUUGGAGAACUGUCCCUGUUCAACCUUUGGGACCGGGUGCUGAAGCCCGGAGAGGUGGCCGCCCUGGCCGACUGCAGCUCCCCAGCUCUGGGAAACAUUGCCCCCUGGACCGAUCACGACGUAGAUGUCUACGGCGGUGCCACCAAAGAAUCCCUAGACCCGUGCAAUGCCUCCCAGAGAUCCAGCCCCUCCAGCCCCAAACAAUGAAGGGGUCAAGUUAAGAGUCCAUCUGGAUGCCUAAAGGCAUUUCAAAUGGAGGUUUAGAGUAAAAUUGGCUUCUCGGAAGUGGGAAGCUUGUUCGUGG